AUGUGCACGUUGUUCUUGGUCUUCCAGGUGGCCCCAGUUUAUGGUUACCAUGGUAGCCUCGCCCCGCCGGUCAACCCGGUGGUUUCCUUCCGCCGUCUGCGUUACGUAGUGCACUGGGAGGCGGCGCCGGGCUCGCCGACAGCAUCCCGGCCUUACACGACUUCACGUCUUAGGGCGGCUCACCUGGGUCACCUGGCCUCCCAACCCACCCCAUGCCCAUCAGGAUUCAAGCCCAGGAAUGACACUAAAGCAGGACCUCCACUGAUGUCACUCUCCCCAUGCAACCAAUCACUGUGCAUCAACCUCAAGCCCCCUGCUGAUUGGCUGACCGAACUCUACAAGUCCUACAAGUACAAGCUCAACAUAUCCACACAGGGUGGGAGUAAGCACCUGGCCCUUGUGGAUACAGAUCUACGUGAGUACGUUUUGAAGGACGUGGUUCCCGGUCAAGACUACUGUGUAUCUGUGGGCAUCACACACACACACACAGAGAGCAUGCCACAGUGUGUCACUGCUCCGACACCCUUCAACACAGAGGCCCUGCUGUCAGUGCUGGUGUGUGUGUUUGUAGUGGUGGUUGUGGCGAGUGUUCCCUUCAUGGUCUACUCUGGAUAUUUCUGCUUAAGGACAACACUUCCUAGCAUACUGGUCAACUUCCUCUCCCCCCAUCUGCCCCUGCUCCUGAGGGCCGUGGACCCCGUGCUGUCCCUGGUCUCCGUGGUGACGACCCAGGCCAAAGGGAGACUGGAGGAAGAGGAGAGCGAAGAGGAGGAGGGGAGCGAGGGAAGAGUGGGAUAUGAAAGACGAGUGCAGGCCGGGAGCUCCUCCUCCUCCUCGCCCGCCGACACGCCCCCGUUGCCCCCGGAGACGGAGGACUACAAGUGCGGGAGAGGACUGGAGCUGGCGCCCCCUCUGGUGGAGUCGGGGAGUGCAGGAGAGAGACGAGGAGACAUGGAGGAUGGAGGGGUGGAGGAGGAGGAGGAGGAGAGAGGGGGAGAGAACGUGUGCAUCCUCUCUGUGACACUGGGGGAGAAGGAUGGAGUGAUAGAGGAAGAUGAGGAGGAAAAGGGAGAGAAUGUGAACCUCUUCUCUGUGACACUGAGAGAGAAAGAGAGAGAGGAAGAGGAGGAGGAAGAGGGGGAGGACGUGGACCUCUUCUCUGUGACGCUGAGAGAGAAAGAGGUCGAGGGAGAGGAGGAAGAGGAAGAGGGGGAGGACGUGAACCUCUUCUCUGUGAUGCUGGGCAUGACGAAGACGAAGGAGGAGAGGAAGAGGAGAGAAGAGGAGUGUGAGCUCACGGACGUCUGGGCUCCUCUGCUGACCACGGCCCCUCUCUCUCACACACACACACACACACACACACCUGUGCACGAGACAACACACUCCUCACCUGAACAGGAGGAAGAGGAGGAAGAGGAGGAGGAGGCCACUGGCUACAUGAGACGCAGCUAGAACAAUCUAGAACUUUGGUUCCUCAACCAUCUAGAACUUUGGUUCCUCAACCAUCUAGAACUUUGGUUCCUCAACCAUCUAGAACUUUGGUUACACACACACCCAUGUAGUAGAUAUGUGCCACAUCAAGACUGGAACAUACACACAGACAGGAGCAUGCUACAGGGUCAUAAAGACACACACACACGUACAUGUACCAGUGUCAUAAAGAUACACACACACACACACACACACGUACCUGUUACAAUGUCAAAAAGACUUUUAUGCACACACACAUAUACUGUACACACACACAUGCGUACAUGUUACAGUGUCAUAAAGACUGUUACACACACACACACACACACACGUACCUGUUACAAUGUCAAAAAGACUUUUAUGCACACACACAUAUACUGUACACACACACAUGCGUACAUGUUACAGUGUCAUAAAGACUGUUACACACACACACACACACACCAGUGAGGCACGUGUCCGCUCAAACUCACACUGGCCCGAUACUGCAUUUCAACGCGAGUGGGCCGGUAUUAUUGUCAAACUCAGUCCAGCCUGUUUUAGGCUCAUUUCAACUAGUCAACUUGUUUAGAUUGCUUUAUGCAAAGGCUGGCACACACACACACACACACCUGUUCCAGUGACAUAAGGUUACACACACACACAAGCACAAGCUCGUGAGAAUGUCAUGUAUGCUGGUCAUGACAGGACAUCCAUUCUGCCAUUGGUUCAUCUCAUGGUCUUUCUCUGGCCAAUCAGGAAGCAUCUUGGAAUGUGGGGGCGUGUCACUGUCUGUGAUUGGAGUUCUGUACACCACUCUUUUGAUGUUACUAAUGUUACACACACACACACACACACACACAUACAUGUACCAGUGUCAUAAAGACACACACACACACACAC